AUGUCUCGAAAGAGUCAAGAAGAAAUGCUUAUGGAAUGGUUAGAGAUUCCACUAAGCAGUGAUGACGAUCUUGAGUGUUUCUCUGACGAUUCCAUUCAAGAUGAGACAUAUGUUGCUCCAGAAUCUGUUGAUUGUGAUAGUGACAGUAGUGACGAAGAGAGUCAAGUACCAGUAAUUAGGACUGAAGAUGUUUCUGGAACAAGACAAUCUGAUGUUAUAAUGAAGGAAUCGACGUCACAGUUGUCUGAUAAUGCUCUGAAACUGCCAUGCAGCAGCAAAAAUGUUACCAAAAACAGCAGGAGUGUGGUUUGGAAAGAUAAACAGUUGAUUAUUCCCGAACUGCAGUCAAAAUUUCAUGGCAAUACUUCGUUACCAGAAGAAGUAAUAAACUUAAAUACUCCAUACCAAUUCUUCAAACAUAUAUUUCCAUCUAAAUUGUUUGAUCUAAUUGUCGAAGAGUCUCAUAGAUACAGUGUGCAGUGUAAUCCUGAUAGACCAAAAGAUUUAUCCUGUGAUGACAUAAAAAAAUUUAUAGGCAUCUAUCUCGUAAUGUCAAUAGUUCAUGUACCUAAUACGAGGGAUUACUGGGGAGAAGUUACUGGUACUCAUCUGAUCAAGACAACAAUGACAGUGAAUCAGUAUGAGCAAAUACGUAAGUUUCUUCACUUCAAUGACAACAGUGCAAUGAUACCCAGGGGUGAAAAAGGUCAUGAUAGACUCUUCAAGAUAAGGCCCAUAAUAGAAUUGAUGAGAUCUCGGUUUCAAACAAUACCUGUUGAGGAGUGUGUUUCUGUUGAUGAACAGAUAUGUUCAACAAAGGCUAGAAAUUAUUUGAAACAAUACAUGCCAAACAAGCCUCAUAAAUAUGGAUACAAAUUAUUUGUUAUUAGUGGCAUAUCUGGUUAUGCCUACGAUUUUGAGAUUUUCACUGGAGAUGAAAAUGAACCAGAAAAAAGAGUGACUGGGGAGGAAGACUUGGGAGCAAGUGCAAAUGUUGUAGUUCGACUCAGUAGGAUACUACCAAGAAAUAUGAACCACAAACUGUACUGUGACAAUUGUUACACAAGUCUGCCACUGCUUGUAUGGUUACAUAAACAAGGAAUUUACUCACUUGGGACAGUCAGAAGAAACAGAGUGCCAGACUGCAAGCUCCCUUCAGAAGCUGAGCUGAAGAAAAUGGCACAAGGUGCAUCAGUAGAGCGCGUCGCAACAGUGGAUGGUGUCGACAUAUCAAAUGUAGUGUGGAAAGAUAACAAGAGUGUGAUGUUGCUUUCUACACUUGCUGGACAGCAGCCUAUUCAUGAAGCAGGGAGAAAUAGAAAUAAAAAUAUGAUACAGCCCGAGUUCAAAAAGCGAUACGCUGUUGCCUUCUGCCCAGCCACCAGCCCCUCAGUGGUGGACCACGAGUCACCAUCCUUUCCACGCGGCAGUAACGCCACUGACAGGGACAACAUCACCGGCAGUAAACUCGUUGCUGAAAAAGAAAAGCCUCCACAUAAAAAAGAAGCAGGCCAAAAGCAGGAGAGCCAGAAGGCUACACCUGUGACUGACCACAGCUGUGGCAAGGAAACAGAAAAGAAACGAAACUGA